AAAAGGAAAGGGACACAAUUUGACUGAAGCCACUGGACGACUACAGGAGAUGUUCUGCCAGAAACAUGAGAAGCUCCUUGAGGUUUUCUGUUGCACUGAUCAGAAAUGUAUUUGUGUGCUGUGUACGAUUGAUGAACAUAAAAACCACAACACUGUAUCAGCUGCAGCACAGAGGACAGAGAAACAGAAGCAGCUGAAGGAGAUGCAGAGAAGGUUCCAGCAGAGAAUCCAGCAGAGAGAGAAAGAUCUUCAGCAGCUGAGAGAGACUGUGGAGUCUCAUAAGCGCUCUGCACAGACAGCAGAGGAGGACAGUGAAAGGAUCUUCACUGAGAUCAUCCACUCCAUUGAGAGACGUCGCUCUGAGGUCACACAGAUGAUCAGAGAUCAGGAAAAGACUGCAGUGAGACGAGCUGAAGGACGACUGGAGCGUCUGGAGCAGGAGAUCAAUGAUCUGAGGAGAAAAAACACUGAGCUGGAGCACUUUCACACACCACAGGAUCACAUCCUGUUCCUCUGCAGGUACACAGAAUGGAGAAAAAAGGAUCCUAUGUGGAGCUUGAGCAGAUCCUGCUGUUGA